AACACCAACACUCUGUAAGCCCACGACGUCGCAAGUAUCGCGUUGAGAUACCCAGUUGGUUUGGCGCAUCGACACUCGGUAACUAUCGGAUACUUGGCGUUUACUCCGCUGUACUCCAUCCCACCAGUUGCGACGCCGCAACCGACGUCACCGCCCCAACUUUAGAUGCCAACCGUCACCCCACGACGAGUUGAUUGAUUGCGCUUGACCUUAACGGCAAGAUGAAGUACCUAUCACUCCCGUCCUUUGACGAGGUGACGAGCGCGCUCAAUUUCGACACGCCAGAUUGCCAUGUCACAGGCAGCUGCGACCUUUACACGACCAAGGCUGCCGGAUCCGACAAGAAGCUGUACAAGAACAUCCAGCAAUCGCUCGAAUCGCAACAUGCGGCCCUGCUCAAGUUCGGGGCAUCCCUGUCGCCGCCCCAGCGCGAUUCCAUGGCCGCAAGCCUCAACCUGAGCCGCUCAUCGCCAUUCGGAUCGUUGGAGGAGAUGUCAAACCGGCGCACCUUUGCUUACCUGAUCGCUACCCUAAACGCCUCCCACCCAGACUACGACUUCUCGCACGUCCUGCGACCGGCCGACUUCAAGCGCGAGCGCGUAUUACGCCGCGUCAUGGGGCAGAUCGACAGCACCCUCAGCAGUGUGCGCCCCAACUCGACCCUGCUCGACGUCGCGGUGCCGCGCAGCUCCCCCGCGAAGCCGACCGACUUCAACACGGGCAUCUCGACGGCGCCGGCGUGGGGCCCGCAGAUGUGGGCCAUGGUCGACAAGGAGAUGAUGCUCAAGGACUGCACCGUCUUCUCGUACCAGCCCGCCGACGACCCCUUCGACGAGGAGGAGGGCGCCAUCUGGGCGCUGCACUACUUCUUCUUCAACAAGGCCCUCAAGAGGGUGUGCUACCUCUACGUGCGGGGCGUACCCGUCAUGAGCCACAGCCCGCGCGUGACGGCGCAUUCGGCCCUGUCGCGCAGGGCCACCGGUGGCCUCUCGGCCUUUGCCGACGACGGCAUGAGCGACGACGUCGGCGCGAACAAGCGCGCGCGCUACUGGCUGGGCGACAAGUUCGCCGAGCGCAUCACGGCGAGCGACGACGAGAUGGACGACGGGUUGGUAUGGAAUCGCGAUGCGGACGGCGACGUCAAUAACCAAUACGACGAGGACGAUGACGACGAUGACGACAAUUUCCCUGGAGACGAAGACAUGGAUGCUAACGAGGGACAAGACGGCUACAGGGAUUGGAGGAGAAGCAAGAGCCCCGUCAUGGGAGUCAGUGAGGAUAUCGCUUCGAGGAUGGAGCUCGACGUUUGAGCUACCCUCAGCCUUGGAAUCUCUGGUUUGCAAAAGCUUUGACCGGCUUGCUUUCCUAGAGAGCCCACUGCCAUCCGAAGUCACCCCUCGUUUCGACCAUUACUGCUCGGGCACAAAAGAAAACCCGUGGUUUCCUCACCACACGGUUAUUAUUUCUUUCCCCUCCUCU